AUUUAUUUUAGGGUUCCUGCAGAAUCUCACAUUCAGGACUGAGCACAGGACGCAACAUGUCUACAGCGUGGACGGUGCUGCUGAUCUGCAUCUCUGUUUACUUAUGUAUACCACUAGGGUCUUAUGGAGCAUUAGUAGUCUCAAGAGACUAUGAGCAACAGGAAAGCGACGGCAAUGCCAGCAAAUUCAUAAAGAAACGAAGUGUGAACCCUCCUCAGAUAGAGGUACAGAAUGUGAAGAUAGACUGCAAGGUGGCGUCUCGAUUUGCCCACACGAUCAUGACGUCCACGGCUCUGAACAAGGCCAACGUCUCACAGGAAGUCUUCUUCGAGGUGGAGUUACCCAAGACGGCCUUCAUCACCAACUUCAGCAUGGAGAUUGAUGGAAAGACAUAUGUAGGAGAAGUUAAAGAGAAAGAAAAGGCCAAGAAGCAGUAUGAGGCAGCUGUGUCAUCUGGAAAGACAGCCGGCCUGGUCAAAGCUUCAGGCAGAAAGAUGGAAAAGUUUUCUGUCUCUGUGAACAUUGCAGCCAACAGCAAUGUCAAAUUCAUGCUUACGUAUGAGGAGCUCCUUCAGCGUCGGCUUGGCAAAUAUGAGCUCAUGAUCCGAGUCAAACCCAAACAGCUUGUCCAACACUUUGAGAUUGUUGCUGACGUCUACGAGCCUCAGGGCAUUGCAUUUCUGGAUGCUUAUGGUACAUUCAUUACUAAUGAGCUACUUCCCCUGGUGGAGAAAACAGUCACUGACAAAAAGGCCCACGUGUCCUUCUCUCCUACUCUGGAUCAGCAAAGGAAAUGCUCAGACUGUGAUGCUACACUGAUAGAUGGAGAUUUCUUCAUCAACUAUGAUGUCAAGCGUGCACAGGAUCUUGGUGAUAUUCAGAUAGUGAACGGGUAUUUUGUACACUUCUUUGCCCCAACUGAUUUGCCUCGAUUGCCGAAGAAUGUAGUGUUUGUGAUAGACAGGAGUGGCUCCAUGAUUGGAACAAAAAUACAACAGACUAAAGACGCACUGCUGACAAUUCUCAGCGACUUGCAUGAGGACGAUCACUUUGCCCUGGUGACGUUUUCAUCGGAUAUUGAUGCAUGGAGGCCAUCACUAAGCAGAGCCACAGAGGAAAAUGUGAAAGAGGCAGAAGCUUUUGUUAAAACCAUAAUCGCAAGUGGCGGGACAAAUAUCAAUGACCCUGUUUUGCAUGCUGUGGGCAUGCUGAAUACAGCCAAGAAAAACAACACUGUCCCAGAUAACAGCGCAUCCAUGAUCAUCCUACUGACUGACGGAGACCCAAACGUGGGUGAAUCACGUGAAGACAAAAUACAAGAAAAUGUCCAGAAUGCUAUCGGUGGAAACAUGACACUCUUUUGCUUGGGCUUUGGCUAUGAUGUACACUAUGGCUUCUUGGAUGUUAUGGCCAAGGAGAACAACGGUCUGGCUCGGAGAAUCUAUGAGGCAUCAGAUGCUGUGCUUCAGCUACAGGGAUUCUAUAGUGAGGUCGCAAACGUUCUCUUAUCAAACGUGAAUUUCCAUUAUCCAGACGACUCGGUAAACUCGGUGACUGACAGCCACUUUAAGCAGCUGUUUAACGGCUCUGAGAUUGUCGUGGCAGGUCGACUGAAUGACAUCGAGAUGAACGACUUUCCAGUCGAAGUGCUCGCUCAGUCGUUAGAUAACGAGUUUGUGCUAAAAGGCCAGGCCAGUGCUCAGGACUGGAAUGUCAUCUUCCCUGACCAAGAGUACAUCUUUGGGGAUUUCACAGAGCGUCUCUGGGCAUAUCUAACCAUCCAGAAUCUUUUGGACAAGAAAGAUAAGGGUUCGCCUGAGGAGAAGCAAAAUGCCACAGCAGAAGCAUUGGAGCUCUCUCUGAAAUACAACUUCGUCACCCCACUCACCUCCAUGGUGGUCACUAAGCCAGAAACUGAAGAAAAUCCAGAAGAUGCACUUAUUGCCGACAAGCUGACAGAGGAUCAACGUCGGGAUGUUCCACAAAUUCCCAGUACUUCAUACACUCACAGGACUUACACUUCAUCACCUGUAAAUUGGGUUGAUUCGGAUCCACACUUCAUCAUUGAGUUCCCAGACCAAAAUGACACACUCUGCUUCAACGUCAAUGACAAACCAGGCACCAUCUUCAACCUGAUCAAAGAUCCACUGACAGGUAUCACGGUAAAUGGUCAAACCAUCGGAGACAAGAAGACAGACCCUGACAAAACGAUGAACACCUACUUUGGGCGCUUUGGAAUCAUUCAGGCUAAGUUUGGCAUCAGAUUGGUGGUGACUACACAGGACAUCUUGGUGUCUGAAAAGGGCAAACUGGCAAAACUCUUCUGGUCUGACAACACCUCCAUCAAAGGGCCCAACAUGGACGUGCAAGUAGCCAAAGACCGCAGUCUUACGGUUACCUUGAGGAACUCGAUGAAAUUUGUUAUCGUUCUACACAAAGUGUGGAAGAACCACCCCUACCACCAGGACUAUUUGGGCUUUUACACCCUGGACAGUCACCUGUUUUCACAAAGAGUCCAUGGUCUACUUGGACAGUUUUUCCAUGGUGUAGCAUUUGAAGUUAGCAAUGUCUUUCAAGGGGAAGACCCAGACAAACCAGAUGCCAACAUGUUUGUGAAGGGCCACAAUCUCACAGUGACCAGGGGCUGGCAGAGAGACUUCAGAAAGGAUGUGAAGAAAGGAGAAAAUGUGCCUUGUUGGUUCAUUCAUAACAACGGCACAGGGCUCAUCGAUGGAGUCAUUGGAGACUAUAUUGUCUCUGGCCUCUUUAAGACCACCUGAGAGAAAAGAAGAGGAGAAAAGAAGAGUCUACAAUGGAUCUGAAUAGACAGGAAUGAAAAGGGAAACUCAUUUUAUUAUACUCAUCCUAUUAAUUACUGAUCAAAUGUAUCUGAGAGGAUACCAUUCAGUUUUGGGUAGAAAAUGUAUCCCAUUUCUAUUGACUAGUAUCCUCUGAAUGUAUACAAUUGUGUAAUUAAACAUUUGACAAUCCAAAACAAA